ACAAGAAACAAAAUGGCGUCUGUUGUAAAUUCGACACGCCGGUUGUUUCUAAAUUCACCUUUAAUAAUUCAGAAAUCAGCUGUUCUCCCGUCAAGCUUAUUGGAAAGACCCAUUUCAACAACAAGUCGCUUAAAUUUGAGGGAAAUAAAAGAAAGACAAGAUGGUGAUACACUCAUUAUUGAAGCUGAAUAUGUAGAGUCAGAAAAAACUGGUCAUUUGGUCUCCAUUGAUAAACCAGAAAAUGGUUGUACUCUGUGUGGAUUUGAUGUCAAGUAUACAGAUGUACAAAUUAUUAGCCAAUUUGUGAACAAAAAUGGCCAAAUCUUGCCACGUUGGGUGACAGGUCUUUGUGGCCACCAACAAACAAAGAUGAAAGAAAACCUUCACAAGGCUCAACGAGCAGGUUUAAUGCCGAAUCUGAGACCUCCACGUAAUGAUGGCAAAGCCAGAACUAGUAACAUGUCCACCUACAAGUGGAAAAAGUAUAAAGUUUAUUUUGGUGAUUCAGACAAAGUUUUUGUGUCAUGAUCUGAAAAGGAAAUGGUCAACAAUGGAUUAUCAAUAUAGUUAAAAAAAGAUAAAACCUAAGAAACAAAUCAUCAAAACUUUUUAAAAAGCAAACAUUUUUCUAUGGUUGAUUUUGUGGCAUGGAAUCUACAAACCGCAUAAAGUUAAUGAAUUAGGUACUUGAAAAAAUUGUAUUUUUGGUUUUAAGUACCGUUUUUUUGUGAUACAACAUUGAAUAUUAGAAACACUACAAAUUCUGCUUGUAAUCCUGAUGUUUGGUUACAGUGGAAGUUACAACAAGUUGAGUGAAUUUGUGUAUGGCAGUAUCUUUGUUUUGAGUGAAAGGAUUUGAAU